AUGUUUUCACAUUAACAGCUACCUUUUACCUUUUUUUUUCAAUAGAGUUUGGCAAUUCCAUGGUUGAAAUCAUCCAAAUGAAGCUCAUGAGGCCAGCAGUUAUAGGGCGAAUUUGAAGCAAAGUUUCAUAUGAGGAGAAAACAGCGGGAAAAAACAUCAGGAUCACGUAGAGCAGAGGAAUCAAGGUGAAGGAAGCGAGGUAAGAGAAAUGUGACGCGGCCCGUGACACAGCUCAGAGUGUGGGGUCCUGUGCGCGUUCGUGGAGCUACGUGGGUGAUUUCCGCACAUGGAUCCGAUUCUCCGUGCAGCUCCGGAGCCGUGACAAAGGUCUGCGGAUGACAGCUCCUGCACGCCUAGGUCAGAAUGCAUUGUCCAGGCUGAAGAGACCAUGAGGGAGUGGUGGCUUCACGUGGGGCUCCUCUGUCUCCCCCUGGUGGCCGUUUACCUGCACAUCCCCCCUCCUCAGCUCUCCCCUGCCCUCAACAAGUGGCACACGGCGGGGGGGCACUUCCACUUCAGAGGACACAAGGUUUUCUACAGAGAUUCCUUUGGAGCUUUGGGGAGUUCAGACGUCGUCAUUCUGCUGCACGGCUUCCCCACGUCAAGCUACGACUGGAUCAAGAUCUGGGAGCCCCUGACUCAGCGUUUCCACCGGGUCGUCGCUCUGGACUUUCUGGGCUUUGGCUUCAGUGACAAACCACGUCCUCACAAAUACUCCAUCUUCGAGCAGGCCAGUCUGGUGGAGGCUCUGGUCUCACAUUUGGGUCUGAACCAGCACAAAGUGAACCUGGUCUCCCACGACUACGGAGACACGGUGGCUCUGGAGCUGCUCUACAGGAGUGACCAGAAUCGAAGUGGACAUCUCCAUUUAAACAGUCUGUGUCUGUCCAAUGGAGGACUAUUCCCAGAGACACAUCACCCAAGACUAUUACAAAUUCUUCUCAAAGAUUAUAGUUUACUCUCUACAAUCCUGACAAGACUAACAAACUACAUGGUCUUCCAGAAAGGUGUUGGAGAAGUGUUUGGCCCGUACACACAGCCCACAGACGCAGAGUUCUGGGACAUGUGGACCGGUCUACGCUUCAAUGAUGGAAACUUAGUAUUAGACAGUCUUCUCCAGUACAUCAACCAGAGACUAAAGCACAGGGAGAGAUGGGUGGGCGCGCUUUCUUCCACCUUGGUCCCACUGCACAUAAUCUACGGACCCCUGGACCCGGUCAACCCUCACCCACACUUCAUACGACUUUACCAGAAGUUGGUCCCGAGAUCCACCAUCACAGUGUUGGACGAACACAUCAGUCAUUACCCUCAGCUGGAAGACCCCCAGGGUUUCCUCAACGCCUAUUUUAAUUUCAUUCACUCGUUCUGAAUCGUCCUCUCUCUUUAAAAGUCAAAAUGUGACUCAGAUAAUUCAGAUAAUUUCUAAAGAUUGUGGCAUGAACCAGACUCUCCAAAUGCACUGAUGGUUUGAAGACCUGGACUUGUGAUUGUAAUGAGAAAAUGCUGCAAAUUCUGAACAAAAAGAUGAUUUUCAAAAGGGGCUGUAUUAUGCUUUUUGCUUUUACUCAAUGGCUUUAAAGAUACACUGUGUAAAUUUUCUGGAGAAAGGUUCGCCACCUGCUUGUUUCCAUGGAGAUGUAAUUGCUUUGCCUGAAAUGCCCCACAGUAUGGCAUUAAACUUAUCGAGCUUGCGUUAAAAUUGCUAAAAAAAAAUACCUUGAAAAACUAAGUCCCCUAGUGUUGCUUCUACACCAACUUGGCAUGAUGUUCACCUGCUUGUCUCCAUGGAUAUGUUUUAAUGCCAUACUGAGGAACAUCAUAGGCAAAGCAGUAACACUGAGGUACAUGGAACAUCUUUAAUGCUUGACUAGUCUUUUUUUUUUUUUUUUUUUUUGGGGAGUGCAGCCUUAAUCCAUUGCAAUCUUUCAAGACAGCUCUAUAUCAAUUCCCCAAAAGUUUUCUUUGUUUGAACUUUCUCCCUGAACAGAAAUGAAACUGUUCACCUACAAAAAUUAUUCUGAAACUGUGUGGGACUUGCCUUUGUAAUAAAAAAGCGUGUUCACAGUUCAGAAAGAAUUGCCUGAAAAGUUAAUGUUGCAUAAUACAGCCCCUUCAAUUCUUCACUAAUGUUUGUUUUCUACAAAUGACGAAAUUCCCGUUUCCAUAAAUACAUGAAUGAAAUUUGACAUGAUUUUUACAUGUAUGAACUGAAAU